UUCAUUCAACUUUGUGCCGCUCGAGCGUGCGUAUACAGUUUCCUCUCAUCAGUUCCUUCGCGACGUACCUUGAUCGAUCUAUUCGUGUGUAGAAAGAAAACCCUAAGGAGAAUAAGAAAAUACAUAAGAAAAACGAACGGAAAAAUCCCUCAUCUACUCUGUGACUACUCAAACAGCCCUGCAGAACGCGUAAUACCAGUUUCCCAUUGGGUGUUUGCCUUAAAGUGCGCCAUAAACUAACAAAACUGAAACCUUAAAGUCAGCGACGCCCACCAACAGCAACUGGUCACCUGGACACGGCAGCAAAAACAAAAACAAAAAAAAAAAAGGGGAGGAGAGAGGUGAAAUCACAGAGCUAUAUAGAAAAGAUAAAGCCCCGGCAGCAGCAGCAGGAGGAACGACCAAGCAACGUUGCCGCUUUUCAGCGACGACCAAUCAGCCCGAAAAAAGGCAGCAAUUAAAGCGAGGUGUUAUCUCCCAGAUAGCGAUUAGAGGUGGCAGAAAAAAAAUCAUAAAAAAAUACAGAAAAUAAUACCCCUUUUGAGUGGAAAACCCCCCUAAGGAGAGAGCACUUUGGAGCGGGCUAAAAAAGUUCAGAGUGCCGUCCAUAGAAAAUCCACAGAACACGAGAGCGAGGCUCCUCAGUUCGGAGCACCUGAGAGCGCAGAGUACACCUGAGAAGAAAACGUUGGAGCUUUUUGUGUUGUUUUUUGUCGACGGAGAAGUAUACACAUAUCGCCUGUCAAAAUGUUUGCUGUAAUGCGAAUCGACAACGAUGACUGCCGGUCCGAUUUUCGCCGCAAGAUGCGUCCAAAGUGCGAGUUCAUUUGCAAGUACUGCCAGCGGCGAUUCACCAAGCCGUACAACCUGAUGAUCCACGAGCGCACCCACAAGUCACCCGAGAUCACUUACUCCUGUGAGGUGUGCGGCAAGUACUUUAAGCAGCGCGACAACCUGCGUCAGCACAGAUGUAGUCAGUGUGUUUGGCGAUAAGCUAAAAAAAAACCAUAUAUAUAAAGAUAUAUAUAAAUAUAUAUAAAAAAAACAACCACAACACACAGAGCAAUAUAUAUAUAUAUAAAGUAAAAACCGAUAUCUAAAAGCACCGCAGCACCAACAACAGCACGCAAUAUUAUAUCACAGCUAUAUCUAAAAAAAACACAAAACUGAAUAUAUUGAUUACUGAAUGAUUAUUGAAUACUGAAUAUACUGAAUAAACUGAAUACUGGAAUGAAUGGUAUCUGAUCUAAGCGGCAACAGCAACACCACACCACGCCUACUUCUUCUUCUUCACUGCACCAACACCACCACCACCACCACCACCCUAGGCAUAAGUCAAAAAAAUAUAUCCAAUAAAUAUAUUCUGCAAAAUAUUGCUUAAAACUACUAGAUCUGCAAUCUACAGCCACAGCCACAAGCGAAUAUCACGGAUUAUAAGCUAAAGGUUCAGGUGUUGGUUUCCAAAUCUUUACGGUUAUCUUGGUCUAUACAAAACUGCACUCCCAUCAACAGCUGAAAAUAAUUAAAAAACUAAAGAAUUAAAGAGAAUAUUAAGAAGAAAAUGAAAAAUAGAUAAAAAACCAAGCCAAGAAAAUGUUGCGCAGGCGCAGCACCACAAAGGCAACAUUGCUCCAAACUAUUGCAACAUGUAUAUUGCAGCAACAGCAACAACAACCAUAUUUUAAAUAAUAUUUGCAGAAAUCUACACAUGGACACCUGUGGGCGUGGCUGCUAUGGGAAGUGAAUGAAGAAGAGGAAGAAGCAACAACACAAAUCAGCAAUUAACUAAACAGAGAACCAGAGUAUUUAGUAAAAGUAAAGGAAAAACAUUAAAGAAAAUCUAAAGAGCAAAGAAAUAUUUUCUUUAAAUUAUGCAGAAUUUUUCCUAUACAAACUGCAAUGUUAAAUGUUAAAGAAAUUUAAAAUAUUAAAUACAAUCAGCAGCAUGUAUCCAGCAACAUUCCCGCAUCAGCAACAUGUAUCAGCAACAUGUAUCAGCAACAUAUCAGCAUUUCCAGCGCAGCAACAAUCUACCAAGACGCACUCCCCAGCAACAUGAAGACAACAAUCAUCUUAAAUAAUGCAACAUGGUAACUGAGCAACAAUGUUGCUGCUGGCUUAAUUUUUUGUUGCCAAGUGAAAGUGCAAUUAAGCUGCAGCUUUUUGUACUUUCCGCAUAGCAACAAGGCCAGCCAGCAACAUGACGCCAGCAACAUUCAACAACAACAACAACUCAGCUGCAAUUAUCUUGCCUUAAAAAUUGAUUCAAUAAUUAAUUACCAUUUAAUAAUAAUAUUAAAAUUGCAAAAAAAUCAAAAAACAAAACACGAACACACACCCGCACACAAAAACGUACGUCAUAAGUAUUUGUAUUUUUAAAAAUCUAAAAGCAAACACGUUGAAAAUGUAUUACAUAAAAUUAAUAAUAAUAAUUAAUAAUAUUAAAUAAUAAAAAAAACAAUUAUUAAAUAAAUAUUUACGAUAUAUGCGAUUGUUUUGUUUAAGUUUAAAUUUUAAAUAAAUAAAAAAUGAGAAAAGAAAAAAUAAGAAAAAGGGCGAAAUUUAAGCGCAAAUUUUAGCAACGAAAAAACAACAAAAAUUGUUUAUUUGUUUUUUGUUUCCUUUCUUUUAAGUGACCCGGCAAUAAGAUUGUAAAUGUUUUUCCGCUAUUUAUGAAUAAUAAUAAUAAUAAAAUAAUUAAUAAUGCCAUCAUCCCUUCUAAACAUUUUCUGUUUUAUUCGCAAAAUAAAUCAGCUAAAAUAAAACCGCAAUUUAUACAUAAAAAACCCUAGCGUUAAAACGGCGAAACAAUAAGUAAUUAAAAAUAAACGAUAUUUAUACAAUUAAAAAGAAAAUCAAAAAGAAAAAAAUAAAA